AUGAAUCGUACAUUACCUAUAGAUUUUUCAAAUUUACUUGAAAAUCCUGACGAUUAUGAUGUAAAAAUUAUAGUUGGUAAAGAAGAAAAUACUAAGGAAUUUAGAGCACAUUCGUUAAUUUUAUCUUCUAGGUCAAUCUAUUUUAAAAAUGGAUUAUCUACACGAUGGACAAGUAAAGAAGAUGAUGGAAUCGUUGUUUUUAGCAAACCUAACAUUUCACCGUUGGUGUUUGAGGUUAUUAUAAAGUAUAUUUAUACAGGAUUACUUUAUAUUAAAGAUAAUAAUGAAGUUAGCCUUGUUGAUAUUGUUAUUGCAGCAGAUGAGCUUCAAUUAAUUAAACUAUUUCAACAACUUGAAGAAAUUUUGACUGAAAAUAAAUCGGCUUGGCAACCAAAAGAUAUUAUCAAAGUUUAUCAACAUGAUCAUUUCAUUAAUUUAUAUAAUUUUGCAUUAGAAUUAGUUUGUAGUAAUCCUAAAAUUAUUUUUGAAUCGGAGGAAUACUUAAAAAUAGAAAAAACUUUCCUUAUACAACUUUUAAAAUGUGAUAAUCUUGAAUUAGAAGAGAUUGAAAUUUGGGAAUAUUUAAUUAAAUGGGGAAUUAAAAAUACUAAUUCUAUUUUAGAUGGUGAUAUAACUAAAUGGAAGUCAACGGAUUUCAUAAAUCUAGAAAAAACGAUUCAUGAUUGUAUUCCUCACAUUCGAUUCUUUCAAAUGUCAUUCAAUGAUUAUAUGAAAAUUAGGACUCAAUUUAAGGAUAUCUUACCAGAUGGUCUUGAUGGAGAAGUUCUUCAAUGUUUAUCAAAUCCUAAUUUCAAAACUACAUUCAAUGUUUUACCCUCGAGAUUUAUUUUUGACUCGAAAAUUAUUAAUUCUAAAGAUGCAGCAUUGAUAGCAAGUUGGAUUGAUAAAAAACGUGGAGCACCUUAUAUUUUCAAAAAUAUACCUUUUAAAUUUAAACUUAUUUAUCGUGCAAGUCAAGAAGAUUUUGAAAUCAAGAAAUUUCAUGAUAAUUGUGAUAACAAGGGACCAACAGUUGUUGUCAUUAAAGUUUAUGAUUCAGGUGAAAUAAUUGGUGGAUAUAAUCCAUUAGAAUGGCGUAGUUAUAAAAUAUUGGAAAAUGAAAGAAGUUCUUUAUUAUAUUAUCAUGAUGAUGUUUACAAUAAUCAUCAACAUGAAUCAUCAGAUAGUUUUAUAUUUUCAUUAACAAAUCGAACAAUUCCUGCUGUAUUAAGUCGUGUCAUAUCCAAAAGAGAAGCAAUCACUUGGUGCAAAAACAAAGGACCUUGUUUUGGAUUACAUGAUUUGUUUAUUUAUUCUUUAAAUGAUAAUAUUGUUGGUAAAAGUAAACAACACUCUUAUGAAAAGAAAGUUAUUAACAAAGAAAAUUUUGAAAUAGAAGAAUAUGAAGUAUUUCAAAUUAUAGAUGAUAGACUUAGUAAUAGAAUUUUUCGAAGUAUUAAUAGGGUUUUUCGAUUCAUCAAGAGAAUGUUUAAAAGAGUAAUUCCAUUUAUUGAAUGGAUACUAUUUGAUAAGUUUCUUUUGCCAACAAUUAUAAUAUCAGCGUUAUUUUUAUUUAUAAUUAUGUUUCUUUUUACUAUAGUACUUUUAGCAGCACUUAUGCAAGUUGCUCGUUUUAUAUUGGAAUUGUUAUAUAAACCUUGA